AUUAAAACGGCUUUGCAUUGUUAGAUGAAGUCGACGGUGUCGAUCCGCGGCUGAUGCUACGACCCGCAUUGUUGGAGUUGCGCAAUGCCAUAGUUGAGAGCUUUGGGCAUUUGAAUUUCUAUAACGCAAAUAUUUCGGGCAGAUGGGACUGCAAGCGACGCAUGGCUGGACAUUUUGGAGCACAUAUUAAUUCCCGGAAGCAGAUCAUCAACCAAGAUCAUGACCACGAGAGCAGGUUGAUAUACACGACCACGGCUCCAACAACAUCUGAAACCAGUGUGUCAACAUCUCCGUCUUCAAUUAGAGAACAAGUGAUGCCGAGCCCAGGGUACGAAAUACAUCGUCUUCUUGCUCUGAAAAAGACUAUUUUUCAGGAAUUUACCGACUGGCAUCCCGGACAGAAGGGACAGCGUAACCGGUUGCAAACGGAUAAGGAAAGGAACUUCUUUCUUUUGGACGUAACGUCGAUCCUUCACACGUUCUUCGAUAGACAAGCCCUCCUCAAGAUGAAUGAGCAGCGCGUGGAUUCCUCGACUCGUUGUUCUUCAACCACUUCCACCGGCGCUGCUGGUGAAGACCGUGGGGAACAAAACGAGAAUCUUUCUGGAGCUUUUCUUGGCAAAUGCAACAACUACCGGCGUGGAAACACAACAAGGCUAGUAUGUUCAUCUGCUCGUUCUUCGUCGCGUGUAGAGCUUUCCAUGGAGAAACAGGCGGAAUUGAAAAAACCUCUUUCACCAGAGUGGAUUCCGCAGGUGCGCGCAAUCUUGAAUCUAUGGUAUGAGGUUCUGCCUUCUCUGAAGCAAUUUGUGAAUCAGAUACAUCUGAAGAAGGACCUGUCGAACCAGAGAGAAUGCGAGGAAAUCGUGGAAUGCGCAGAGUUGAGCUUCGAUCACGCCUGCGUGUUCUUCCUAAAAUUAAGGCAACCAAGAGAGCAUCGUCAGCGUCAUCCUUGGCCUCUUUUUCAAGGGGAAAAAGGACCCAGUGAUGGCACCAGGGACGCGCUGGGGUCGCUCUAAUAACACUGCGGCCAAAGAAUCGCAGACCCGGCCUCCCGGAGAUUGUUCCCCUGGUACGAAAUGUAGUGAGCAGAAAUCCGACGCGCUUUAUGCGCACGGUCCGCUAUCUGCAAUCACGAAAGUUAUACAUAGAACAAGACUGUCAAUGUUGAUCCGUAAGUGUAAUCGCUCAUUCUCAAAAAAAAUAAAUUUUUGAUUCUCGUCGAAAAUGAGAAGCCUUUCGUUAUAGUUUUUAUUCUCUCUCAACAUUUUACUUGCUAGUCCUCAUAAUCCCAUGAUCUUGCAACUCCCGAGGAGAACGCCCUAAACCACAGAAAUAACAUGGCGCAGUCGCAAGAAUUAUUCCCAUUUUGAUAUUCAUUGUUCAACAUUCCACCGUCAGCGCAGGCGCACAUUCAUUGCAAAUGAAAGAGCGGCACCUGACCUACAGGUUCUCAUUCACCCACAUGCACUCGUCGCGUCCUCAUUUCACAUCUGAUGCGUAUCAUGAAUCUCUACUUAUUAACCCAAUGGCUUCUGCAUGCGAAUGCGUAUUUUCUCACCUCAGAUUUAUAUAUUCCAUACAACGAACACGAAACUUUUGGGAAAGAUUAGCUUUGUCUGCUGUCUUCUUUAUGUGCCUGCUAUUGAUUUGGCUGUACCAGUUGUACUUCUUCAACUUCUACUUAUUCUUGCCGUGGUAGUUUCGUGGCUCCUGUAUUGUCAGUCGAG